AAUUAUGAAUUAUGAAUAUUAUUCACGCACAUCAUUCACAAUUUCACACACGUUAGAAGUAACGAAAAUGAAAUUGACAUGGAAAAACAAGAACAAAAGCAACAAGCGGUCUCUGGCCACUGUAUCUCUCUACCCAAAUCUCCCUUUCGACCAAAACGAAGAUCGCGACAAGGACGGACGACACAGAGCUGAUGAUACACAACUAAGGGAGGAAGUUGGUAAAAACGACGACGUUCACAAAACCCUAGCAUCUGAUUCUGGUGACGAUGAUGAGACCACCCAGCUCGCUGAAGCAUUUCAAGCCCAAGGAAACAAGCUCGCUGAGGAGGGGAAGUUCCAUGAAGCACUUGGCAAGUGGGAAGCGGCUCUUAUUUUGAUGCCAGAAAGAGCAGUUAUACAUGAGCAAAAGGCUCAAGUUUUACUUGAAAUUGGGGAAGCAUGGAAUGCUUUGAAGGCGGCAACUCGAGCUACCGAAUUGGAGCCAUCAUGGGCUGAGGCCUGGAUCACCCUUGGUAGAGCACAGUUAAACUUUGGUGAGCCUGAUAGAGCUAUUGAAAGUUUUGACAGAGCAUUAGCUAUCAAGCCUGAUUCUAUAGAGGCACGGGAUGACAGGAAAACUGCAGUACAUCUUGUGAAGAGGCGAAAGCAUCUUCAUUCGUCUGGUUUGAGUGAUACUACAAAUCGUUAUGCAGUUGGGGACACGAAUGAAAGCUCCUGAAGCUAUGUGCAAGCCAACCGUAAACUAGUCGCCCGUGAAUGUAUAUGUUCCUUUCGGCUGGCGAUGGGAGGAACUGAGUAAUCUUCAGAGUACUGCCUUCUUGAAAGCGAAAGAGCAUUAAGCUGUAGGUUGUAGGGAUUUGCCACUGUUACUAAGUUUACAUCUUUGUGACAUAUAACACAGAGAGAGAGAGAGAGAGAGAGAGAGAGAGAGAAUGGGUAACUAGAAACAUUCUCAUGCCCAAAAAUGACUUGCUUGUUUGCUGUAUAUGAGAUUCUACUGUAGUUACUAGCUAAAUGGGUUUAAUUUUGUAUCACGAGACUUAAAAGUCAGUUCCUGAAAUGUUGCUGGUGGAUAUAAGUAAAUGAAUAAAGCCAAAAAAGGAAGUUAUAAACUAGAGCUUGUGCUUCUAAAAAGUUGUUCUAUUAUUACUCUUUUUUGUCC